UUUAUGAACACGGACAAUACCUAGAAGUAAAUUAUGGCAUUGUAAAGUCGGUGCGCAAGAUUGGAACACGACUGGAAAUAUGUUGAGACUUCUAAUUUUUGGACUCCUGGUACUAGCAGUCAAGAGCUACCCAGUAAACGAAGAAAAUAAUAAAAAUAUAAAUCAAAACGGAAACCUCGAAAAUGAUUUGACCUCGGAAAACUCCGAAGAGCUCAAAAAAGCACUCAACGAUGUAGCUUAUGUACAAAACUUUAAAAACGUGAUGGCUGAGUAUGUCAAAAGUCAAUAUAACGAUCUACCUGAACACAAAAUGGAAACUAUCAAAGGGUAUCUCGAGGAUUUUUGCCACAAAUUCGCUGUAGACCUUAAACAUAUAAUAGAUAAUGGCGUAUAUUCUACAGUUAGAGAAAGAAUCGACGAUGGCUUACCCGAUUCGACCUUCGAAAACGUUAAAAACAGCAUCAAAACCGAACUACCCGGCAUGAAAGAUGACAUUGCUGAUCACGUCGCGUAUGUUUUGAGAAAAAAUCUGUUUUUGACUCGACAAAAAAUAGAUAAGGUCAUUAAUGAUUCCAAAGUUGCUGAAAUCGAAAAUUGAUAGCUUUGUAUAUAAGAAUUUUUUGAAUAUUUUAUGACCCCAAGGUCUUUAUUAGCAAACGGAACAAAAUGAUAACUGUUGUAUAGAAGCGGGCGUUACUUUGCGGAAAUCCAUGAUGUACAAGGAACCAAAAGCUUAAUCCAUACUAAUAUUAUAAAUGCCAAAGUGUGUCUGUCUGUCUGCUACCUUUUCAUGGCCCAACAGU